CAGAAUAUUAGAACGGUUAAAUCUAAGUGUUGCGUCCAUUUUUCCAUAGCAUUCGUGCAGCGGCAGUCUUUUUUAGGUGACACCAUCUUCAAAAAAAUUCAAACUAGAUAUAACGUGACGUUGAGUUUUCUACGAGUGUCUGCUUUUAUCUACAGCUUUCUUGCAUGAACGAUUUUACCAAAUAUGGCAACAUCAACAUUGGUAUUCAAGGGAGACAAGGCUGCGCUCUAAAUUACACCUUUGAGACGAUGAUAUUGCCGUGGCUGUCGUUGGUCUUUCUGUGUGAAAGCUUACAAUAUGAUCUUAUUGGUUCUAAUAGAAAAAAUAAUUAUUUUGCCAAACUUUGGUUAGUUAGAAUUAUACACGGGUAUUAACCGCUUUUGUAAAUCAGCUUCUCUCCUACCAGCUAAAAUGGAUAUACCUCGGCGCGAAAGGCCAAAACGUUCUAGGGAAGAUCCGCGCUCACCUGCUCAAGGACACGUCAGGUCAAAGCAUAAUAUAGAAAUUUACCAUCAUUCUAGCUCCAGGCCAGUGUCUAGUCAUAAACACGGUGACCGUUCUGAGUCUUCUUCUAGUUAUCAAAGUUCGUAUAUUAGUAGUACGAAGUCAAGUCCAUACUACAGCACUUCUCAUCAAUCCUCUAAUAGUCCACACCCCGAACAUAGAACUGGUUCAAGCCGUAAACGUUCAUCUUUAGAUAGAGAGGUAGAAGAUGAAGAGUUUAAGAAAAAAGUGGACAUGCAGCUCAAACUUUUAGAAGAGUCUUCUGAGGAGCAUUUGAUGCAGAAAACGCAGGAGAUACGCCACACGCUGAGAAAACUAAAGGCAGUUUAUUCAAAUGGAAAUUCUGACGAUAGUGCGAAUAAUAUGAACAACGCAAACUCUGGUAUGGGCAAGCAGGACGUAGUGGAUGGAAAUAAGGAAGAAGCAGUUGCAUCAGGUGUCGACAUUAAAAAAUCAGAAGCUUUAGAUACUGAAGGUUCUCAGCUAAUUAAUACAGGUGAAGAGAAUGUGCACAGACCCACUGAUGCUGACAGGCAGACAUCAUAUCAACAAAAAUGUGAUGCUUCAUUGUCUCAUCGCCACAGCGAUAAAGAACGAAAGGACCAUGAUUUGAAUGAGACAUCUAAGGCGAACGAUAACCAAAAUUUAUCUGAUCACCAGUCCCACUCAUCCGCAUCAAAUAAAGUGCCAUCAGCAAAGCACGUAUCAAGCGCGAUUCCGUAUAGUUCUUUGUUUAACAAAUUGGCGGUUAGAAUAGGAGAUGAAGAUGAUAUGUUUUCUGAAAAUUUUAAGGAAGAUGACACCAAAAAUUCUAAUACAAUUCUUCUAAACGCGAACAGCAGGUUCAGAGCUGUUGAACCGACAGAUGACGACGAAGGUUACUAUGAAUUUUCGGCUGGAGAGACCUUGCAUGGGUCGUAUGAAGUACUUGGAUAUUAUGGAAAGGGUGUGUAUUCGAAUGUAAUUAAGGCUCGAGAUAUUUCCAAGUCUGUUCCUAAUUCACCUGUGUACGUGGCGAUUAAAUUUUUGAGAAACAAUCCUCAUAUGAAACGUGCUGGGCGUAAAGAAAUAAAAAUUAUUCGCCGUCUAAACGAUGCAGACCCAGAAGACAAAUGUCAUUGCCUGCGAAUGAUCACUUCCUUUGAGGAACGAGAUCACUUGUGUUUGGUGUUCGAAGCAUUGGACCUCAAUCUAAGAGAGGUAGUCAAGAAAUAUGGACACAAUGUUGGAAUUUCUAUCCAGGGCGUUCGUAUUUAUGCGUUUCAACUUUUUAAGGCGUUGGAUUUGCUGAGGAAGAAUAGCAUCGUUCAUGCUGACCUGAAACCGGACAACAUUUUAGUAAGCGAAGAUCGAACUAAAGUCAAACUGGGCGAUUUCGGAUCUGCGUUUGAGACGCAGGAAUUUGAGUUAACAGCUAACCUUGUGUCCAGAUUUUACCGGGCACCAGAAAUUAUACUUGGUAUGAUGUAUCCAUUCCAACUUGAUAUGUGGUCGAUGGGAUGCUGCCUUUACGAAUUGGCUACUGGACGCUACUUACUACCAUCCGAAAAUGAUAAUCACCAUCUAAAAUUGAUCAUGGCUAUCAAAGGACCGUUUUCUAAAAAAAUGUUGCAGCUUUGUCACCCGAAUUUCGUGGAGCAAUACUUUGCAAAUGACGGAACAUUCUUGGAAAGAACACCCGACGCAUUCAAUCCCAACAAAGUCAUUUUAAAGCAUGUCGAAAUACCUCAGAAAUCAACCAGAAUAUUGGCUCUAGAAAUUGAAGAGAGUUACGGGAGUAUGAUCAAAGCGGAAGACAAGGAAUUGGUAAAAAGGCUAGCUGAUUUAAUCAAUGAAUGCUUGGCGUUAGACCCAAGACAGAGAAUCACUCCAGAAAAAGCAUUAAGGCAUCCUUUUUUUUAAAAAUCUCUUUCCAUGUUUUUUUUAUUUAUGGCCCGUGUCGUUGUACCGGUAAAUAGCAGAUUAGAUACAUAUAUUUUCGUCAUUUGUAGAAUGUGCGUCUGAAAUGUAACCAAUAUACGCACGCUUAUUUCUGGUGAAAUGAUUUGUAUAAACGAGGCGUAUGAGAAUGAAGGCGCUAUAUUUUGCGAUGAUGAGAAGUAGACCUUUAUCUCUGGAGAAAUGGAUUAUACGAACUGUUAUAAUAAUCUUUGGGUUUAUCAUCAUUAUUGGUUUCGCUCAAGUAAACCAACUCUUGGAUGUUAUUCUCUGAAUCGUGGAUGGUUGCUUGGUUUUUCACAGGUAACGUUUGAUAAAAAGGAUUUGGAUGCAAUGCUUCUUUGACAGGCGACGGUGAAAACGGAUUGUGUGAAUAAUCAUGAAAAUUGGGUCUAUCAAUGGUUGUUGUAUCCACGUCUUUUAUGAACGGAGCCAUGUGAUCUGGCGUAUUUAUAGUAUCUUUUGACGUAUUUGCGUAUACAGGAUUGAUUGAGCUGUGAAUAUGUCUUCGUGGCUCAGAUGCGAUAAGAUCUUCGAAAAGUGUUGGCUUGACUUCCGGUGGUCUUGACUGUGCCGGAUAGUAGCAGCUUGACUUAGUAGAGUCUAGUUUCAAUGAUUGAAGAAAUGGGCCUUCCUGCUGGAUGGCGUUUCCUAACUGAUUUUUCCAUGCAUCACCGCAGUUAUCUUCGUGCAUGCGAUCUUGAUGUCUCAUAGGCGCGUUCGUCGGCAGUCGAAAUGGGUUUUCGAAAGAAGAAAGUUGAGAGGUGUUUGAGGUAUAGAUAUAGAAAGGGAAAGUGACAUCUGACAGCAGAUCAGGAAUAUUCUCUUGCCCGCCUUGUAGAUGUUGAUUUGAAUGUAACGAUUUCCAAUCA